AUGAUUCAAGCAGGAUGUUCAACGAUCUUCUGCAUAACUCCGGUUCUAUUAAUCGAUUCUUAUAUGGUUUACGUCUUCGCGAAAACCAUAUAUCUAGUCAUUGGACUUGGUCUACUACAUGGUGUUGUAUUCCUUCCGGCAUUACUAUUAACUGUACGUUUGACUCUUCUGCCACCUCUCGAUAAAUGCACAAAAUCGGUGGAAAUUUCCGAAUUAAAGAAUACUCGACAAGAGAAUAUUGGUAAAAUCGGUGGGUGUACAGGAUCACUACCAUUCUACUAA